AGCAGAUAUAAAAUGUGUCAGCAGACGAUAGAUAUAAUCACAUGUUGAUCUUAUGAUAAGAAGUGAGCCGUUUUGUCUAUGCAAUAUUCGCCGCCAUGUCAUCUAAAUUGGUUAUUGUAGCAUUUCUGUUUUGUGGAAUUCGAAGUAUAAAUUGUGCUGGGUGCCAUGUUGGAUGGAUUCAGUAUCAAAACAAAUGUUAUUGGUUUAGCCAUGACUCCAGACCUUGGGGAGAAGCAGAGAGUAUAUGUGCAGUAUUUCACAGCAAGCUGGCAGAACCAAGGACCGCCAGUGAAUCUUCGUUUCUCAUCAGCCACAGUCAACGAAAUGGAGGGAUCUACUGGAUUGGUAUAUCUGACAUGAUAGAGGAAGAUAGAUGGAUUUAUUCGUCCGAUCAGACAGUUAUACUAGUAAAUAACUUUCAACCAGGAGAGCCCAAUGCACACACUGCUGCAAAUUGUGUCGCUUUGUGGCCAGCCUUCCAUGGUAAAUGGGCGGAUGAAGCAUGUGGGGCAAAUUAUAGAUUUGUUUGUGAGACUGAAUUUGAGGAAGUUGACGUUGUCGGCUAAUGCAGCUUUAUCUACGUAUACAGAAACAUUUAGAUAUCAAAUAAAUCAAUGUGUAGCUGUCA